CUCGAUCGAGUGUCUGAGAUGCUAAUGCUAAUCAGCUAAACUGUGAUUAAUAAGCAGAUUUGUCAUAAUUCGUCUUCUUUUUCUGUAACGGCGUCGGUUUAGAAUAAUUAAGCAGUUGAAAAAUGACCACGACCACCACGUUUAAAGGUAUGGACCCGAAGGCCAAGAGCAGCUCCAGAGUGCUGCAGCCACCAGGCGGAGGCUCCAACAUCUCCUUUGGCUCUGAAGAGGAGAAGGCUGCUCCCCGCAAAAACAAAAUGGCAUCCAGUAUCUUUGCAGAACCGGAAGACCCUCAUGCUCAUCGAAGGAACAACCCUCCAGGUGGGAAGCCUACAGGUGUGUUGUGUGGGGAACCAUCAGCACCACUGAGGAGGUGUGCCCAACCUGCCAGUCAAAACAGUGAGGCACAAGAUGAACCUUCAUCUGAGAAUGGAGACAAUGGUACAACACAUGAUGAGAGUGUUGAAAACUUGGAGAUGAACCAGACGGAGAAAUCUCCUCCCCCUGAUUCAGCUGAGAAACCCUCUGGUCGCAGGAACCCCCCCGGAGGGAAGUCCUCCCUUAUUCUGGGCUGAAAUAGUUCUUUCUCUGUAGUUGAUUAAGCAGAGCUUCGUUUACAGCAUCGGAUCAGCCUCUACAGCUCAGCAUGACCGAACAUGGUCCAAGUGUAAGGGGUGACAUGAUCUCCCUAUUCACCUCCCCUGUACACCCAAACAAACUCCUUUUUACCCUGUAUUAUCCUUUUCCUGUCUGUUUUCCAUCACUAUGAAGGUAUUAUGGAGAGGAUGUGAGUUCUUCCCUAAUCCUCUUGCUGUAUGAUUAUAUUUAAUAGUGUAUUCAGGACACAUCGAGUCCUGUACACACUUUUAUCUGUAUGUGUGUCUAUGGCAUGUUUACUUUGAAUGAACAUUUUUGCAGCUGAAUGUUUUCCGGUUCAGUCUUGUCUCUUUUGUCUCUGUGUAAAUGGAUUGAAAAUGUUUGUGUUUGUUU